GAGACAUGAAGGGAGAGGGAGGGAGAGAUGAAGAGAGAGAGGGAGGGUUAGGGAAAAGGGUGAGGGAGGCAUAGGGUAGAAAAUACGCAGAACUUAUUACUUGACAAAAGCGGGCAGGUACAAGAGGCAGGAGCAACAUGAGGGCUGUUGUGGGACUCUGGUCCGCUUUGACCCUCUUCCUCUUGAUGGAGGCCGUGAUCGCCGUAAGGAUCAGGAAGCCCACCAAAAAACCCCAAAAGAAACCGCUGGAUAGGAAAGCCACCCCCAUGCCGGGCAUCCCUGAACCCCAGGAGCCCACAGACUUCCCGCCGCCCAUCUUUGGCCCCCCCUCCAUCUUCCCCGACUGCCCCCGCGAGUGCUCCUGCGACCCGUCCCACCCCAGCGCCCUCAACUGCGAGAACCGCAACCUCCGCAAGGUCCCGGUCAUCCCGGCCCGCACCCACUACUUAUACCUGCAGAACAACUACAUCUCAGAGGUGACGGCCGAGGCCUUCGCCAACGCCACCGAGCUGCGCUGGGUCAACCUGGCCAACAACCGCAUCCAGCGGGUGGACAAAGAGGUGUUUGCGAAGAUCCCGUCCCUGAUAUACCUGUACCUGCAGAAGAACCAGCUGAAGCAGGUCCCGUCCGCGCUGCCGGUCGGCCUGGAGCAGCUAAGGCUGGGCAGGAACCGCAUCACCAGGAUCCCGCCCGGGGCCUUCCAGAAGAUGGAGCGCCUGGUGUUGCUGGACCUGUAUAGCAACCAGCUGAGUGACAGCGGCUUGGGGAAAAACACUUUCAAGGGCCUGAGCCACCUGAUCCAACUGAACCUGGCGCGGAAUGUCCUCAAGAAGAUGCCCGCCGGUGUCCCGGCCAGCGUCAUUCAGCUGUUCCUCGACAGGAACAGCAUCGAAGACAUCCCGAAAGACUACUUUGAGAGCCUGGUUCAUCUGGCGUUUGUGCGGCUCAACUACAACCAGCUGAGCGACAGGGGCGUUCCCAAGGCCGUGUUCAACGUGUCCACACUGGUAGACCUGCAGCUGUCCCACAACCAGCUCGCCUCAAUCCCGCUUUUCAACACCCACCUGGAGCACCUGCACCUCGACCACAACAGCAUCGAGAGUAUCAACGGCACCCGGAUCUGCCCACAGAGCCCAACGUCCGACUACGGUGACAUCACCCUCGUGCCCAAACUGAGGUACCUGCGUCUGGACGGGAACCACCUCAGCCCGCCGCUGCCCAUGGACGUAGCCAUGUGUUUCAGACACCUUCACUCCAUCGUCAUCUAACAUCUGGCAAGGGGGGGAGGGACGCACACACACACUCACACUCACACACGUGCACG